AUGGCGGGGCGGAGGCUGUCGUCUGUGCUCUCACAGAUGCUGCCGAGCACUACGGCAGUGGACUCAAUCACUCAGCAAUUACCAGACGAUGUCGUGAUUACGCUCGCCGUCCGAACGCCGAUGUGCAAAGCUGGCCGUGGUGGAUUGAAGGACACCACUCUUGACACCCUAGUGUUCAAGAUUCUCGAGCAGGUCCGCAUCAGAUCCAACGUUGAGCCAGCCCUGGUAGAGGACAUCUGCCUUGGCAAUGUCCGCGACGGGAAAGCCUCCUACUAUGCACGUGCUGCAUCGUUGGCUGCAGGGUUCCCAAACACGACUUGCGCAUCCAGUGUCUCGCGAUUCUGCUCAUCAGGACUGACAGCCACUCAAUUCAUUGCCAACGAGAUCCGCAACGGUGUGAUCAGUGUGGGUGUCGCUGUAGGUGCCGAAUCGCUUAGCGAAGGCAACGAGAGACUGAGUCGGCCUUUCGCUGAUGAGCUCCUUGAGAGCGCCGAAGCAAGAGACUGCUUACUUCCGAUGGGUGCUACUUCCGAGAACGUGGCGAAAGACUUCCAUAUUUCACGGGAGAGACAGGACGAGUAUGCUGUCGAAUCCUACAAGAGAGCCGAAAUCGCACAGGGUGCUGGAUGGUUUCAGGAUGAAAUUGUUCCACUCACGGUGAAGAAAGACGGCAACGAGAUUGUCAUUGACAAAGAUGAGAUUCGUCUCGGUACAACAUACGAAGCAAUCAGCAAGUUGAAACCAAGCUUUGGCGAGUACGGAAAUACGACUCACGCGGGCAAUGCGAGUCAGAUCACAGACGGUGCGGCGGCGUUGUUGCUCAUGAGGCGGUCCAAAGCGCUCGAGCUCAAGCAGCCCAUCCUCGCAAAAUAUGUCGAUACUGCAAUGGCCGGCCUCCCGCCGCGGAUCAUGGGUAUCGGUCCCGUGUUUGCCAUCCCCAAGCUGCUGGCCCGUUAUGGUCUCUCAUUAGAGCAUGACAUUGAUGUCGUCGAGAUUAACGAAGCAUUCGCGUCCAUGGCCGUCUACUGCCGGGAUCAUCUGAAAAUAGAUUGGACAAAGAUGAAUCCUCGUGGCGGAGCCAUAGCCCUCGGGCACCCUUUUGGCUGCACCGGCAUUCGACAAAUCGUCACAGGGAUAAGCGAGUGCAAACGCAGGAAGGCUCGGGUGUUACUGACAAGCAUGUGCCUGGGGACAGGCAUGGGUCUAGCGGGACUGUUCGUCGUUGAAUCCUAG